AGGCCAUCUGGUAAAUACUUUUGAGUCGAGUUAAGCUCAAGGCCAAAAGACUGAAUUUGACAUGAAGCCGGGUUGAGCCCAAGGCCAUGCGAGUUAAAUUAAUGUACCAUUCUAAACUAAAAAAAAAAAAAAAAAAAAGCGAAAUAAAUGGGAAAAGUCAUCCUGGCUACACUGCUUGAUGCAUAUCAACAUCGAACAUUACCAUCGAGCAGCAGAGCAGCGCUUACAAUGUCAAAAUGGAAUGAGCAACGAAGACGGUGAAUGUUGACAUUGGAAUGUUGGAGUUUGCGUAUGAGUUAGAGAGAGAUGGAACCAGAGCUACCUGUGGGAAGCAUGUCGGUGUUUGUGAGCAGUUUGAUUUUGGUUGUAAUAAAAUGGUGGUUUCACAUACACAGCAUUGCACAAAAGUAGCAUCGGGUGCACCCCACAUGUGAAAUCAUAGCGUUUCAGUUUGCACAAGUCACUGAAGUAGCAAGGCGUUUUCAACCAAAUGAGCGGUUUUUGGCGAGAAAGUGAUGUUUCGGCGUCCGACGAUUCAGAUGCAGACAAUUCUCCUGAUGGAGGUGACAGGAGUGUAGCCGGAAAAAGUACGCUUGAAGAUUUAUCGUCAAGGAAAAUUGUGGGAGACGAAAUCGAACCACAGAAUGUCGGACGUGGCAUAACCGCAGCAAAAUGGCUGUCAGGCUCGUGGCCGCUCAAGUCAUUUGAUGAAAAUUUGCCACUCAACAAGCGUAAAGCGGAAUGGAUCCGGUUUCGAAAUCAAUUCGAGCGAAUCGUCGCCUGCAAGGAGCCCGUCGGGUCCACUAUGAAGCUGGAUGGUUUGAAAAUCUUCGCUGGAAAUUAUCUGUUGAGUGUAAUCGAGGCUCACGGAAAUCUUCCAGCUGAUUCUGGGAAUAUUUACGACGCGACUGUCUCUGCGCUCAACAGGUAUUUUGAGCAAACGUGCGACUGCACAAAGGAAAGGAUGAAGUUUCGCGAAAUGCGAAUGGGCACAUCCGAGCCAUUUGUGGAUUGGGUGCUACGAUUGGAGACUCAGGCAAAGUUUUGCGAAUUUGAGGCAGAUCAGCGGGUUGAGGAGUUUAUUCAAGCAUUGGUCAGAAGAUCGGUGCCGCAAAUCGCAACCAAAUUAUACGAGAUGAGCGAUGUUUUCAACAAUAAUCUGGAGAGGAUCACGGCCUACGGUAGACACCUUGACUAUAUUCGAACGGAAGCUGAGGAAUCGAAGCACAUAACGAAAGACGAAAGUGGUAAUCGUAUGGACGAGAUGAAUUCGCACGAAGGUACUGUGGUGAAGCCAGUCAAUGCAGUGGCCGGUAGAAGCUCGGCUUUUGGGCCAAUUCGACAAGGUUUUCAUCGCGAGGUACGAUCGGAUGCCGACGGGAAUAGAUUUUCAUCUGGACGCGCAGGGCGAUUCAAGAACGUUAGUCAAAGCUGCUCGAGAUGCGGAAGCAUUCAUGGUCCGAAGAAGUGCCUGGCCUACCGUGUAAAAUGUUAUACAUGUGGAAGAGAAGGACAUUUUGCGGCGUUUUGUUUUUUCAAAGACGGCAGUGCCAACGGAGGACCUCGCGGAGGACACUGGCGCUCUGGCCGGGACAGAAUGGUUAAGCAGGAGGUUGAAAGGAUCAAUCAGCUGAUAACCAGGCGCUCAUGCAAUUCACUAAGAGAAGAAGAUCCUAGGCAAGUCUGUUGCAAGAUUGGCACAGAAAGUGUAGAUUUUCUUAUUGAUACUGGUGCUACCGUCAACACCAUUACGACAGCUGUGUGGGAAACGAUCAAGAGCAAUUGCCGUUCAGUUAUUCAGGAUUUUGUGCUUUUUCCUGAGGAAGUUUUGCGUAGUUAUGCGAACCAACAACCACUUGAAGUAGCAUGUUCAUUCAAAGCAUACAUUGCAGUGAACAAUCGACCGUUACAGUUGGCUAAAUUCUUUGUGGUCAAGGGAACUAAUCUUUCGUUGCUCAGUUAUGAAACGGCAAGUAAUUUGAACUUGAUCCGUAUUGGACUACAGGUUCCUCCGAUAACGGAUAGCGGAACCAGAUUCAAUGAAGUUUUGUACUCGCUUUCUGAUACGAGACUGGAUCCGAGAAUGCUUGACAUUACAGUGGCGCGUGAAAACGAGCCCCAGGAGUUUCCCAAAAUCCCUAUUGCUGCCGUAAAAUUCAAGGUUGACGAUGCAGUCUCGCCCAAACAAAUCAUACGGUAUAACAUCCCAAAGGCGUUUGAAAGUGCAACUAACGAGAAGUUGAGACGAAUGGAGCGUAGGGGUAUCAUUGAAAGGGCCGAUAAAGAACGUGAUAUUAUUACAUACGUAUCCCCUUUGGUAUUAGUUCCCAAGGGCGGGAAUGACUUCAGAAUUGUAGUAGAUUACCGGGAAGUGAACAAGGCGAUACUUCGUGAGCCGUAUCCACUGCCGUCGUUGGAUAAAAUUUGGACUGAUAUCCCGAACGGUACGAUGUAUUUCUCUAAGCUCGAUUUGAAAGAUGCAUUCUUUCAUAUCGAGUUACAUGACGAAGUUCGCCACUUCACAACCUUCAUGACGGCCAAUGGAUUGAUGCGGUUCAAAAGACUCCCAUUCGGAUUGUCAUGUGCUCCGGAGCUUUUCCAGAAAGUAAUGGAGAGACUACUGGUAAACUGUAAAAAUAUCAUUAUCUACCUCGAUGAUGUCUUGGUGCAUGGUAAUAGUCUGUCGGAGUUGAGACAGAAUGUGGACAAGGUGAGAAAGGUGUUGAAGGACAAUAACCUCACUAUUAAUGAAGAAAAGUCUAUGUACGAUCAGAGAAAGAUAGAUUUUCUGGGAUUUACUAUAGAUGGCACCGGAAUUUUGCCAAUGGCAAAGAAAAUAUCGGACGUUAUGCUGUUUGAAAGGCCAAAGGACACAUCUGAAGUUCGCAGUUUCCUCGGUAUGCUUACCUAUAUAAGCCCGUUUAUAAAGAACUUUUCGCAUAAAACUAAGCUGCUGCGUGACCUCCUAGCAGAUAAUACGAAGUUUUUGUGGACUAUAAAACACCAGGAAGCUUUUGAGCUGCUCAAGAAAGAAAUGCCUCCCCUUGGGGCUUGGGGGCGAUCUUGGUACAAGAAGGAAUGCAAAAAGAGGAACGUCGAAUCAUUGCUUGCGCUUCCAAGAGUCUGA